UAUAGUGUUAUGUAAUAUUUUCGGAUUUGGUUUUCGCGGGUUUGCUUUUCUCGUGCUAGAAAGUCGAUGUCCAGUGGUAUUUAAACUUCGUCUGACCACUUUUUCAGUAAACCGUCGGAAGCAGUCGAAUCUGAUUCGUCACGGUGCCUUGAUUAAUCUAUCGGAAUAUACAAUCAACUUUGGUCAGCAGUUUUGGAACUUUCGGACAAUACAGUUAUAUACCAGAGAAUAACCAUGCUUCGACUCGCAUUAAUACUUUCAGUAUUGUAUUUAGUUGCACAGGUUUAUGGUCAACGUGGUGGAAAUCCACGACGUCCUGGUCGUCGUUUUGGUCUUCUAAAACGAUUUUACGACAUGGUUCUUCAAGAAAGAGAAGUUCAGAAAUGCUGGGGAAUUUCAGAAUCCUUUUUGGAUUGCGCAGUUGAACAAGGAUGUGAAAACGAGGCGUGUCCAGAAAACAUGUACUGUUGUUCUACAGAUAAAUGCGGAAAUAUGUGUCUCUGUAAGAGUACUCCUGACGGCUGCAAUAAGUACUGUGUCAAUGGAUAUGUUAAUGGGGCCAAUGGAUGCCCUACAUGUGCCUGUCGUAAAAAGAGCCAAAACGAACAGGAUAAAAGAGAACCACCAAUGAGAUAUAACGGUCCCCAAGUGAGACGAGAGGAAGAGGAGCUCAAAAACAGAAAAUUUGGUUUCGGAAAAUACGCCCGUCAAGUGAGACGAGAGGAAGAGGAGCUCAAAAACAGAAAAUUUGGUUUCGGAAAAUACGCCCGUCAAGUCGGACGAGAUUGAUAAGAGGAGCUCGAAAUCAGAUUUGUAUGAUGUAGGAAGAGGGAACAAGAAAACAACAUAAAAUUUAAAAAAGAUAAUAAAAAACAUUGCAACUUGA